AUGGCAGAGCCGGAGCCCAUGGAGACGACGACUGCUGCAGAGACGGGAGCGCCUGCUGAGAGCCCGGUGGCUGCGGCAGCGGAGGAGGAGAACAUGUCUGGCGAUGAGGAGGACCUGUUUGGCGCUAUUUCUGACGACGAUGCCGGUAGUGCCGAUGACGACGCCGUCGAGGCUGGCGCUGGGCCCGGGGCGGACGAGGACUCCACCGCCAACAACUCCAACUCGCUGGCGGAUGUUGAUCUGGCAGCUGCCGCCGCAGAGGCCGACGCCCUGCCGGAUCCUCAAGGUGAUGGUGACAACGACGACGACGACGGCGGCGCCGCGGCGCUCGGACUGGUGGCCAGCGACGACGACGCCGAGGACGACGAUGUGGUGUACAAGACGUACACCGAGGACGGGCCGGCAAUGGAAGUGGUGCUCGGGCCGGUGCCCAAGGUGGGCAAGGAGGUGUACUCGGUCAAGAUGCCCAACUUUCUGGCUGUCGAGCCCGAGCCGUACACCCGUGAGGAUUACGUCGACCCGAACGACGCGCGGAAGGCCGAGGACGACGACAAGCUCGUCAUCCCGUGCGAGUACUACGUCCGCUGGCGGACCAACGCCGAGGGCAAGCCUGAGUCCAACACCCGGCUCGUCGAGUGGGAGGACGGCUCGUGGCACCUGUUUGUCGGCUCGGAGGCGUUUGAAGCCCAGGUGGUCCGCGAGACCCAGUACCGCGAGAUUGGCAUCCGCCAGCUCGACUCUAUCGAGACGCUGGGCGCAACCGUUGGCGGGCGCAUCUCGUUCCGGCCCGUCGACAUCAACUCCAAGGCCCACAAGCUGAUGACCCGCGCCGUCGCAUCGCGCUCGCAGGCUGCCGCCCAGUCCAAGAUCAAGACCACCGUGACAACGCCUAUCGACGCCGCCGCCCAUGAGACCGCGUCCAAGGCCGCAGCAGAGGUCAUCCGCGCCCGCCGCAUCGCCGAGAACGAGCGCCGCCGCACCGCCGCAAACUACAAUGCCGCCGGCUACCUCGAGGACUCACGCUCGGGUGUCAUGCCCGAGCACCACGAGUACGAUGACGCCGGCGUUGAGGCCUGGCGCAACAAGCGGAAGCGCAAGCCCAACUCGCAGCUCGCUGGCUUCGAUGACGACCAGCUCGACGACGACGACCUCUUCAGCGACUCGGACGACGACGCCGAGGCCCGCCUGCGGCAAGCCAAGAACGCCGCCCUCCCUCCGAGCAAGCGGAGAAAGCUGUGA